AUGGCAGGUAGUGAAGAGCGUCCGGUGAUAGAAGCUGCAAGGCCCAAUCUAGCUAAUAUGACUCAGGCGAUUGUGAAGCCUGAUAUCACGGGUCAUUUUGAACUCAAACAGUACAUGGCUGACACUGUUUCCCUUUCACUGCUGGGAGAAGCUAAGGAAUGGUUACAAAAGGAGCCCGCGAACUCAAUCCACAAUUGGGACGAUCUUGCAAGGAAAUUGUUAAUCAAGUUUUUUCCUACAAAGAAGACAAAGUCACUGAGGAGCCAGCUUCUUGGGUUUCAACAACGAGAUGGCGAGACUCUUCGACAAGCUUGGGAAAGAUACAAGAAGCUACUCAGAGACUGCCCACACCAUUGUCAGACUGAUGAGGUGUUGGGUCACACUUUUGUUGAUGAGUUGGACAAGGCAUCAAAGAUGAAUCUUGAUUCAGCAUGUGGGGGAGAUGGGGAACCACGAAGAGCACUUAAACAAAAGGCAGCAGGUUUGAUCGAGCUUGAUGACUUCUCAGCAAUGAGGGCAGAUAUAGCGAGACUAGCGAAUCAGAUGAAUAAAAUGACAAUGAACCAAGCACAACAGAUGCAACAUGUGCAACAGAUGUCUACUUGCUACGAGUUAUGUGGUGAAGGUCACACAAGUGACAUAUGUCCCAUAAAUCCUGAAUCUAUCCACUACGUGGGGCAACAAGCUAGAGGGCCGAUGAAUCAAAAUGCUCAAUAUGAAUAUCAGGCCUCAGGAAAUUAUAAUCGUCCACCUCAACCCCAACAUCAAGCAGAUGAGAGUUUGACUGACAUGAUGAAAAAGCUCUUGAUAGACAAUCAGCAAUUGCGCACAGAAUUCAAAAAUCUAGAGAGGCAGUUUGGGCAGAUGGCUAACAAUCAGAAUACUAGACCUGCUGGAGCUCUUCCAAGUGAUAUAGAGAAAAAUCCUCAAUUGAAAAAUGGGAGAGAGUUGGUAGAAGUGCCUCAGAAGAAAAAAGAGCAAUCUGGGCUCGAAGAAGAAAGAGUGCCAAAACCUGUAGAGGUGUAUGAGAGAAACAAAACAGAGCCUGAGCAAAAAUCAGAGAAGGUGCCACCCCCUUUUCCUCAAAGAUUGAGAAAGAAGAAUGAUGACCACAUGUUUCACAAAUUCCUAGAUAUGCCGAAGCAGAUACAUUUGAACAUCCCUUUGGUGGACACGCUCCGUGAGGUCCCAAAAUAUGCAAAAUAUAUUAAGGACAUAGUGGAAAAUAAAAGGAGGUUAACUGAGUUUGAGACCGUAGCACUUACUGAGGAGUGCACUUCCAGGAUUCAACAUAAGCUUCCACAAAAGCUUAAGGAUCCAGGUAGUUUUACCAUCCCCGUGAGGAUUGGUGAAUUUGAUGUGGGUAGAGCAUUGUAUGAUUUGGGUGCAAGUAUCAAUUUGAUGUCGUUGUCAGUGUUCAAACAAUUGGGCUUAGGAGCUCCGAGACCCACCACGAUUAGGAAGUUUAUUUUUCCUGCAGAUUUUAUCAUCCUAGAUUAUGUGGCUGAUGAGUUAGUUCCUAUCAUCUUGGGACGACCUCUUUUGGCCACUGGAGAUCCCAUUAUCAAAGUCCGAGAAGGUAAGAUGAUCUUGAGGGUGGACAAUGAAGAAGCAGUCUUCAAUGUAUACCAUGCCAUUCAGUUGCGUCGUCAUUACGAAGACCUGGCCAUCAUUUCAGUGGUGGAGAUAAAUGAACUAGCCGUAGUGCCAAGGGCGUUUAAAGAAGAUGCACUAGAAAAGGCAUUGACGAUGUUCAAUCACUUGGAACUUGAAGAAGAGGUUGAGAAGAUGUUGCACAUUCUAGAUGCAUCGUGUGAAUACCUAAGAGAAAGUACCCAAUUUGAGCCUCUGGAUAGGCCAAUCGGCCGGCCUCCUAAAUCCUCACUUGAGGAGGCCCCAAAAUUGGAACUUAAACCCUUACCAUCACAUCUUCAUUAUGCAUAUUUAGGAAAUUCUAACACUUUACCUGUGAUUGUUUCUUCUCAUUUGUCUGAAUUGCAGGGAGAAAAACUCUUAAGGGUGCUAAGGGAGCACAAGCAUGCUAUUGGUUGGACAAUGUCUGACAUAAAAGGUAUUAGCCCUGCAUUUUGUAUGCACAAAAUACUCAUGGAGGAAGGACACAAGCCUAGCGUGGAGCAUCAACGCCGCCUCAAUCCAAUCAUGAAAGAGGUGGUAAGAAAAGAAGUAAUUAAGUGGCUCGACGCCGGUAUAGUAUUUUCUAUCUCCGAUAGCAAGUGGGUAAGCCCUAUUCAAUGUGUGCCUAAAAAGGAGGGUAUGACUAUUGUAGUGAAUGAACAAAAUAAAUUAAUCCCAACUAGAACUGUGACAUGUUGGCGAAUACGUAUCGACUAUAGGAAGUUGAAUAAUGCUACACAAAAAGAUCACUUCCCUCUCCCCUUCAUUGAUCAAAUGCUUGACAGGUGUAUGAUGGCUAUUUUUACCGAUAUGGUGGAACGGUUUGUUGAGGUUUUUAUGGAUGAUUUUUCUGUGUUUGGUCCUUCUUUUGAUGAAUGCUUAACCAAUCUUGCUAAAGUGCUUGCCAUGUGUGAGGAGACUAAUCUGGUACUGAAUUGGGAAAAGUGCCAUUUUAUGGUACGUGAAGGUUUAGUGCUGGGACACAAGGUGUGCAAAUACGGACUGGAAGUUGACAAGGCUAAGGUGGAAGCAAUUGAAAAGUUGCCACCACCGAUUUCAAAGGAUGUGUCGUUCAAGUUUGACGAUGCUUUUCUAAAAGCAUUCGAGGAGCUGAAAAAGAAGUUAAUGAGUGCACCAAUCAUAGUGGCUCCUAACUGGAACGAGCCAUUUGAGCUGAUGUGUGUUGCCAGUGAUGGGGCAAUUGGGGCCGUAUUUGGCCAGAGAAGGAGCAAAAUAUUUCACUCCAUUUACUACGCACGCAAGACUCUCACUCCCGCUCAAAUAAAUUAUACUGUGACAGAAAAGGAGUUGCUUUCUGUAGUAUGGGCGUUCGAUAAAUUUCGGGCCUAUUUGGUUGGCACCAAAGUCAUCGUCUACACAGACCAUGCAGCCAUCAGGUUAGAAACUCGAAAUCAUGUGGCUGAGGGAGAUGUCAUCAAGGAAAUAUUCCCGGAUAAGAAAUUGUUGGCCAUUACUGCCGGGGAGGUGCCAUGGUAUGCAGAUUUUGUGAACUAUCUAGCAAGUGGAGAGAUGCCGCCUAACCUUGAACCAUAUGCUAAAAAGAAGUUCUUGCGAGAUGUGAGGUCAUAUGUGUGGGAUGAGCCAUUCCUGUUCAAAUCUGGGUGUUUUGAAGAUGCCCAUGAGUACGUGAGGAGAUGCGAUAGGUUCCAGAGAACAGGAACAAUUACGAAAAGGCAUGAGAUGCCAUUGCACGCUAUUAUGGAGAAGUGGGUGGAGGCCAUAGAUCUUCCUACCAAUGAUGCCAAGGUUGUGGUUAAGUUUGUGAAAAAACAUAUUUUUACAAGAUUUGGAUCUCCGAGAGUGAUGAUAAGUGAUGGGGGUACUCAUUUCUGUAACAAGCUCUUGGACAAUGUCUUAUCGCAAUAUGGGGUCAAACAUAAAGUUGCAACCGCUUACCAUCCUCAGAUUAGUGGGCAAGUUGAAGUCUCAAAUAGAGAGAUAAAGUAG